GGAAGGAAGGAGGAAGGAAGGGGCCGCCAUCUUGUCGUCGCGUCGCCGCCGCCAUAGUCCAAGCGGAGCCACAGGCCGACGGGCUGCGAGACAGGCCGACCUGGAGCGGGGAGCGAGCGCGGCCGCCAGGCAGGCAGGCAGGCAGAUUGAAGUGAGUGGUUUGGACAGAACUCAAGUGUGUUAGAAGACUUUUUAAAAAGUUGUUCCACCGUGCAUCAGCGCAAGUGACUGCUUUAUCUUGAGUGACUUUACAGGUGCUUGCCUCCGUUGCAAUAAGAGACUCAUAUAUUGAGCAGGACUUAAUUUAUCUCUUCAUCUUGGAGAGUCUAAUAAACUAUUACAGUUUCUGUACUCACAACCGUUUGGAAGUUGAAAGACGUUUAAAAGGCAACCAUGAGUACGGCCAGAACAGAGAACCCUGUUAUAAUGGGUCUCUCCAGUCAAAAUGGACAGCUGAGGGGCCCAGUAAAACCUGGUGGUGGUCCAGGAAGCGGGGGAACACAGGCUCAGCAGCAGAUAAACCAGCUGAAACAUCCCAACACAAUCAACAAUGGCACUCAGCAAGCACAGAGCAUGGCCUCCACUAUCAAACCUGGCGAUGACUGGAAGAAGACUUUAAAGCUCCCUCCGAAAGAUCUGAGAAUCAAAACGUCGGAUGUGACAUCCACAAAAGGAAAUGAGUUUGAAGAUUAUUGUCUGAAGCGGGAGUUGCUGAUGGGAAUUUUUGAAAUGGGCUGGGAAAAACCAUCUCCUAUUCAGGAGGAGAGCAUUCCUAUUGCUUUGUCUGGAAGGGACAUCUUGGCCAGAGCUAAGAACGGAACCGGCAAGAGUGGCGCCUACCUCAUUCCCUUACUUGAAAGGCUUGACUUAAAGAAGGACAAUAUACAAGCAAUGGUGAUCGUUCCCACACGAGAACUUGCCCUGCAGGUCAGCCAGAUCUGCAUCCAGGUCAGCAAACACAUGGGGGGGGCCAAAGUGAUGGCAACUACAGGAGGAACCAACCUGCGGGAUGACAUAAUGAGGCUCGAUGAUACAGUGCACGUGGUGAUAGCAACCCCAGGCAGGAUUCUGGAUCUCAUCAAAAAGGGAGUAGCAAAGGUGGACCACAUCCAGAUGAUUGUCCUAGAUGAGGCAGACAAGUUACUGUCUCAAGACUUUGUGCAAAUAAUGGAGGACAUUAUUCUCACUCUACCUAAGAACAGGCAGAUUUUGCUGUACUCAGCCACUUUCCCUCUAAGUGUGCAGAAGUUUAUGAAUUCCCAUUUGCAGAAACCCUACGAGAUUAACUUGAUGGAGGAGUUGACUCUGAAGGGAGUGACCCAGUACUAUGCUUAUGUAACAGAGCGCCAGAAAGUGCAUUGUCUCAACACUCUAUUUUCCAGGCUCCAAAUAAAUCAGUCCAUCAUCUUCUGUAACUCCUCCCAACGGGUUGAAUUGUUAGCUAAGAAAAUCUCCCAGCUGGGGUACUCCUGCUUCUACAUUCAUGCAAAGAUGAGACAGGAGCACCGCAAUCGAGUGUUCCAUGACUUCCGGAAUGGCUUAUGCCGCAACCUUGUUUGCACUGAUCUCUUUACCCGAGGUAUUGAUAUCCAAGCUGUGAAUGUUGUGAUAAAUUUUGAUUUUCCAAAGCUGGCAGAGACAUAUCUCCAUCGUAUUGGCAGAUCAGGUCGAUUUGGCCAUCUGGGCCUGGCCAUCAACUUGAUCACCUAUGAUGACCGUUUCAACCUGAAGAGUAUUGAAGAGCAGCUGGGGACAGAAAUUAAGCCCAUCCCUAGUAACAUUGACAAGAGUCUGUAUGUGGCAGAAUACCACAGCGAGCCCGUAGAAGAUGAUAAACCAUAACUGCGCUUUGCUUAAACACACAAGCUAAAGCCCUUUGAUCUGGACAUGUGAAACGUCAUUUCUUGGGGAAUGCCCCUUCUCUUUGAGGGUUUUUCAUCUUUUUCUUUUGGAACAAUUAAAAUUACAGAGCUUUCCCCCCCUUUUUUUAAAAACAAAUUGGCUGUGAGGACAAAAGCAGAAGAUAGGAAGAAAAUACCUUUUGUUUUUCCCACUUGUUUGCACUGUGUGCUGACUGAACAUUAGUUGCACUAACUGCUGGUUUUAAUUUCUUUCAUUGUGAUGGAGUAGAAGAACUCUGAAACGAGAAGACUCCCAAACUCCACCUUGACUGCGAUUUCAAGUUCACCCACAGCUGCCCAACCGAAUGCAUUUCAACUUCUCCCUGGCUCCUCAUCUGUCUUUUGAGCUAAAAAGCUUGUUACUUAUUUGUGCAAAGUGCCUUAUGCUAUGAGACCAUUCAGAGAAUCCCUUUGGAUACAGCCCAAGGAGCCGUUUUGGUUCAGGUCAAAAUCUCCUUCCCCACCUGUUUCCUUCCCCUUCCAGGUGCAAAUGCUGGAAGGUGGCCCUUGUCAGUAGUUUUGUUUUGGUUAACUUUCCUUUAAUGGAGGAGUUGAGAUGCAGUUGUAGUUCACCCACUCUGUAAAUAUGUGUAUUUAAGCAAAAUAACCUGGAUUGCCUGGGUUGAUUGAGGGAAACUUCCACACUCUGAGAGGAAAGAGCCACUUGCCAACCACUCUGCACAGGAGCCACCCAAAAAGCCCCCGGGCUCUCGCAGAACACUACAGACUGGCCUCCGUGAGUCUCCCUUGGGGGGCACAGCACUUGCUGGGCAGACUUGUCUCCAAGCCAUGAUGGUUUUUCCUCUCUCGUGUGUUCUGCAGAAAAUUGGAUGUGUAUACUUGUACAAACUCUGUAAAUAUGUGUUUUUCUGUUAAGGGUUCAUAUAACUUCCUUUUUUUUUUCUUUGUUUGGAUGAGGCUUGCUGGCGUUAAAGGGAUUAUAGAUAGAUCUUGACAGCAGCUAAAGGUGAGAGGGGCUCAGUUUUCCGCAACGCUACUCAAUGCCAAGCGCUGUGACUUCAGGCCUUUAGGUAGGUCUGGCUUGCUUUAGGGGUUGCAAUAUUUGGAAGAGAUCUGGGUGUCCCCCCACCAAGGGGGGGGAACCUCCCUGAAAGUGGGAUCUGCAUUACGGGGGAGGGGGCACAACAACUUUUGUUUGUCUUGAAGCAAGGAAGAACAAAAAGUGGCAGCCUAGAAUUGGGACUCAAGCGAGCCAAAGCCUGGCCGGCCCUGGCACCUUCUGGCAUGAGAGGCUUCCUGCCAGCUUGCGGCAACCCUGUUUCAAGCCUGCUGGGCAAGGGACGCAAGAGCAGGGAAGACGAGCCCUCUGCUCUCCUGCCUGCGGGGGGUGCUUUCCAUUCCAGUAGUGUUGCUUUAAAGUGUGCCCCUCCCAAUGUGCUUGGUGUUUGGCCUGAUACGCAGGCACAAGGAGCGAGACCACUCAACCUGUAAACUUCUAGUGAAUUCCCUUCCAGCCUGACCAGCAGCAGACUGCCAGGAGGCACCUGGGCAAGCGCAGGCUCUCUUGGCUCAGAGACGGGGUAGUCGGAGCCACCCCACUUUCUUGCCCCGACAAGCCAAGCAGUUCUGAUAGAAAGUACCACCUUUUCCAGCCCUGACCUCAGAGAACUGUGCCUAGAGCCAGGUGCCUCCUGACAACCCUUUGAAUGUGGAACAUGUCUUGUCUAGGUGACUCCACAGAACCGUAGCAAAAGCUGUAUUAAAGGAAAGCUCCUCUGCCGGGAAUGCAACCGUGGCUGCCUCAGACUAGCGAGUACUUGGGGUGGGCAGCUUGGGGAGGGGGCAGUUUUGACCCAAAGCGAAACUUUGCUCAUCUGCAGCAGCCGGGGGGGGGGGGGGGCUUCCCAGGGGAGGGGAGGUUGCUUUACAGCAGAGGCAAAAUGUGUGCAACACUCUAGAACCUUGCGACAACAUGCGCACACGAUGUGGUUCCAUGAGCUGAGGUGGCCACUCUGCCUGGUGCCACACUCCUCUUGUCACUCUUGAAGCACAGCAUUUUUUAAAGAGAAAGUAUUACUUCACCCGUGGCCACCUAGCAGAGGAGCGACCUCAGCCUCCCAGUGCCAUUUUUGGGUAGCUUUGGUUGGGUCAGAAAGCCACCUGACAAUGGCCCCUUGCUGUCUCUUGACGGUGAGGCGGGACUUGGAAAUGGAAAGAUGCUCCAGAUACUGACUAGGGAGACCCUGGUCUGUCUAGUUUUUUUUUUUUUUUUUUUUUUUUUUUUUUUUAAACUCCAUCUGAAAAUGAAGGCUGAGAAUUGGACGACUUAUUCAUAGAGAGCAAUUACCAACAGUUUCUCGACUGAUGCGGCUGCUUUGGGGAAAUUCAGAGAGAACAAACUCUGGCACCUUUUGGGUUCCUUCACUCCUGCAGUAGGUUAAUGCUUUGGCCGUAAAUUCCAUGGGCUCUUCCCAGAGCAUGCUGCACUCAGUGGAGAUGGCCUCGGGGGGUGGGGGGUGGGCUCAGUUUUGCUUUUUUUUAAUUACUGCAGAAUGAGAUGGGAGCAUCUUUCCUGCACCCUCUGCUUUUGUGUCUGUUGUUAGAGCUGGAUGAGAUCACAGAGACUAGACACAGAAACAGAUGAGUUUGAUUUGGGCAUCUCAUUCUGCAUUUCUUUAUUUUAAGGGUGGGCUUGCUUGCACAGGACUGGCUGAAUCCGGCCAAUCGGGAGAGGCACUGUUGCGUCCAGGAUCCUUGUCUGGCUGUGAGCUGUUUCCACCAGUAGUCUGACCUAUGCUGUUGGUGCAAAGCACACCACCAGACACUUUCCGGGGCACAGUCAUGGCUGUUUGUUCCCUGGCAGGACAUGGGAAGGUCAAUCCACGUGGGGGCAUGCCCCAUUUGCAGUGGAAUCUUGUGGUAGGAGCAGUUAGAGAUGCGCCCCCUCUCUCUGCUGCAAGCUCCUCCACUCCUCCAGCGUCUUUCUGGAGUCCUGUGCAAGCGGUGGGGGGUGGGGGGUGGGGGGGCAGGAUAAUACAAAGAUACAGCAUUGCUGUAUUUUAACCAAGAUUUGUGGGGUGGGAACGUGUGGAAGAAAAUAAGUCAAUUUUCCCUUUCUUGAAACUGGAAAAUUCGGGGGACAUACAUUUUUGUUCAGUUCAAGCAAUGUUGUAUUUCAUUGAUCCUUGGUUCAGUUCAGGCCAUGUCCAGUAUGAACAGUGGGGGCUAGAAUUUGUCAACAGGGUGGGUUGGGAGGGGAACAUUAUUUUUUUUGGUUUGGAACUGGCAGAUGUCCAGCAGAGCUCAGAUUUUGGCACAGUGUAUGUACACAAGUAUAUAAUGGAAGGCUGUGAACAUAUUGUCAGAAGUGCUGAAUGAUAAAAUCCUGACUUAUUUUUUAAGAGAAUUGGCUCAAUAAAAGCUCACUGGGACUUGA